AUGAGCACAGGUCAUCUGGGGAGCAAGAGGCUGGCUCCCGAAGCUUUCUGUCUCUUGUUUCUCUCAGAAACCAGGGUCCUUGUGUUGCCGUGGUUACCAACGGUCCCCGAACACAGACUUCUGGCAGUUGGACAUUUAGCCACUGAGACGCAGGAUCUGAAGGAUUUUUUUUUUAUGGCUCAGGAGUUGGCAACACCUCUUUCACGUGGGCAGCCACCAGAGCAGAGCGUUACACAGACCACAGCAUAUCCCUGGGAUGAGGGAGACCUGCAAUUUGCGCCUUGGAAUGCCAUGGUGCCCUCAUUCUCCAGCAGCUCCGAAUCAAGCCUGAGUGUCUCUGUGGGCUAUUUCCCCUGUGAGGACACCUUCUCCUAUGAAAACACCAUCUCCAAUGAAGACACACCUCCUGAGGGCCCUUCAGGUCACUUUGUCCCUCCUCUCCAAGGAACAUGGCGGACUGAAAACAUAGGGAGACUCCUGGGGAGGCGAGACCAGACACAGGAUGACCCAGAGCAGUUCUGCAAACUAAGCAUCACCCUGGCCUGGGAUGUGGACGUGGCCUCUGACAAUUCAGACUCGACGGCUAACUGGGACCCAAGAGGAGACAAUCAGUGGACAGACAAGUGUCCCAAAGAGAAGACACCACUGACCCGCAGCAAACUGGAUGGUCUUGUGCAAAAGCUCGAGGAAUUUCUGGAGAACCAGAAAGAGGACGAAGAUGAUGACUCUCUGUUUCCUGAAUCUGCGCGGGAGGAAGAGGCCCAGCUGCCCAGCAGCUCCCCUCCAGGUAUGGCUCAGGUCAGUCAUCGAGAAGAUGACACUUGUCAAGACUUGGCCACGUUCAACCCAGCAGAGAAGGAAGAUGUCAUCCAGUUUCCACAGACUCCUCCAAGGCCUUGGAGACAUGAGCUUGCUGAGAUAAUAAGCCAGGCAACCGGCAGCCAGAGGACCAGAACUGCAGGGACGUCCUCCCCAGUCCCAGUCUCAGCAGGUCCACCAGAGGAGGAGGACACUGCCUCCUGCACACGAGCCCUCUCCUGUCUGCACUUGGGGUGGAUCUUCCGCUGGCUAAGGCAGCAAGUCCUCUCCUCACGUUUGAGGAGAGGGCACCCCAAGAAGGCCACGGAGAGCUCCCGUCAGCUGCCACAAAAGGCAAGAUUCUCUCACAGAAGCAAGAGAAUCCAACCUCAAGAACCCCUCAAAUUAGGACACCCUGUAUCGCCAGACUUUUAAACUUUUUGACAGCCCCUAUUCUCCAGUUCC